AUGGAAGGUUAUCAAGGAGCACCCAUUCGUCAACCACCUGCCAUGACUUACUUGUGUGCUGAUUGUGGCGCAGAGAAUCAAUUAAAGCCAAGAGAACCCAUUCGUUGUCAAGAUUGUGGACACAGAAUCAUGUACAAGAAGAGAACAAAGAGAAUGGUUCAAUUUGAAGCACGUUAA